AUGAUGAAAAACAUUUUCGGCCGCAGCCGGACGAAAGAUUCCGAGCGGCAUAAAAUCUCCGAAAUCGGACUUCCGACCAACGUCGUUCACGGAAUGCAUGUGAGCAAAAACCAACAAACGGGCCACUUGGAAGGGUUGCCCAAGUCGUGGUCCCGUAUGGUCGAUGCGUUGAUCACGGUGGACGAGCAGACCAAAAACCCAGAGGCGGCGUACCAAGCGGUCAAGUUCUACAGCUAUUCGAUCAAGAAAAAGGAAGCGACGGAACCCUUUAAGCCGUUCAUCACGGAGGAUGCGAUCCACGAGGAGACGGAAUCAAUCGACCAGUAUCUCGACCAGAAGAACACGCACAAAAGUGAAGACUCGCUGGAAGGUAGCAGCGAGGAAAGUGAACCUUUACCGCAACCGCCCCCACCACCCUUGCCGAAAAAGAGUGCGACGUUACCGGUGAAACCACUGCUGAAGCCGAAGCCGAAAAACUACACUAGCAAGGUGUACAAAGGCAUGGACAAUCUGCAUCUUAUCGACGCCGGAAGCAAUAAGGAAACGAUGAUCAUUCACAACGAUGCACAUCUGACGCUCAACACGCACCAAAGUUCCUACGAAAUCGGCGCCAGUGUGAACAACAACAACAGCUUCGACCGGGAGCUGGAUCACGACGGCGACCUCAUACUGCGGCCAAAGGAGAAGCAAGCCCGGCAACCGAAAAGCGAUGAUCAAGUGUACUACGAGCUCAAGAAAAUUUGCAACCUAAACGACCCGCUGGAACGGUACGAGAAAACGGUCGAAGUAGGCAAGGGAGCUUCCGGAGUGGUGUUUAUUGCGCUCGAUCGGAACACCGGCCAAAAGGUUGCGAUCAAAACGAUCGACAUGAAGCACCAGUCGUCGAAGGAAUCGAUACUGAAUGAGAUCAACGUGCUGAAGGAUUUUAAUCACAAAAAUUUGGUCAACUUCCUCGAGGCGUACUACCUAGAGGAUGUCGAUCAGCUGUGGGUCAUUCUCGAGUACAUGGGCGGUGGCCCGCUGACGGACGUGGUGACGGAGACGGUGAUGAAAGAUCGCCAGAUCGCGGCUGUAUGUCGAGAGGUGCUGCUGGCCAUCAGUUUUCUACAUUCGAAGGGCAUCAUCCACCGGGACAUCAAGUCGGACAACGUGCUGAUGGGGAUGGAUGGGUCGGUGAAGGUCACCGAUUUUGGGUUCUGUGCCAACAUCGAGGGUGACGAGAAGCGGCAGACGAUGGUCGGCACGCCAUACUGGAUGGCACCGGAGGUCGUCACGAGGAAGCAGUAUGGCAAGAAGGUCGAUAUCUGGUCUCUUGGCAUCAUGGCGAUCGAGAUGAUCGAGGGUCAGCCACCGUACCUUAACCAGGCACCGCUGCGGGCGCUGUACCUGAUCGCGGCGAACGGUCGGCCGGACAUCAAGAGCUGGGACAAGCUGUCGGACAAUCUGAAGGACUUCCUCGACCGCUGCUUGCAGGUGGAGGUCGACAUGCGGGCUUCCGCCGACGAGCUACUGCGUCAUCCCUUUCUGCAGGACUGUAUGGAGCUACGGACGCUGAUACCGCUAAUCAAAGCCGCCCGGAGAUUGUUGAAGCGAGACAACUGA